AUGUACCUCUUCUUAGAUGUUGCUAAUGUGCAUGACCAGUUUGUCGAAGGCUCUUCAUCCGCCACCUACGAGGUGUUCAAUCCAGCCACUGAUGAGUCCGUGGGUAAGAUCAACUGCGCUCGCGAAACCGAAGUCGAUGCCGCAGUCGCUGCUGCCCGCGCAGCCUUCGAGCCAUGGGCCGCCACGCCUGCUGCCAAGCGUGCAGCUUUGCUGAACAAGUUCGCCGACCUCAUAGAUGCCAACAACGCAGAACUUGUCAAGGCGGAGGUCAAGGCGAUGGGCCAGCCAGCUACGGUGGCUGGUGGGUUCAUCGUUCCUGCUACAGCACAAACAUUCAGAUACUACGCAGGUUGGGCGGACAAAAUUGAGGGCCAGGCAUUCCCUGCAGAGGGCGACAGACUCAACAUUGUGCAGUAUGAGCCGAUCGGCGUAUGCGCUGGCAUUGGCCCUUGGAACGUUACCAUCUCAACGCUGUCUUGGAAGGUAGCCCCGGCGCUGGCUGCUGGUAACACGGUCCUCUACAAGACCUCAGAGAAAUCACCGUUCAGUGUGCUUGUCCUCGCUCGACUAGUGAAGGAGGCUGGAUUCCCUGCUGGUGUUUUCAACAUCAUCUCCGGAGACGGCGUAACUGGCGCUCUCCUCGCGUCCCACAUGGACAUCGACAAGAUCUCGUUCACUGGCAGUGGGCCUAGCGGACGCAAGAUCAUCGAUGCAGCGGCCAAGAGUAAUAUGAAGAAGGUAACUCUAGAGCUGGGCGGCAAAUCGCCUUCUCUCGUUUUCGAGGACGCAGAUAUCGAGAGUGCGUUGACAGGGAACUCGCAGGGUUUCCUAUUCAACUCUUCCCAAGUCUGCAUCGCUGCCUCGCGCCUCUUCGUCCAGAAGUCCAUCGCGGACAAAUUCAUCGACGGCCUCAAGGCACGCUUCCAAAGUCUUGACGGCGCCGUCGGCGACCCGAACUCUCCUAAUACUUUCAUCGGUCCUCUCGCUGACAAGGCUCAGUUGGAGCGUGUUCUGGGGUACAUCGAGACUGGCAAGUCCGAAGCGAAGCUGCUUGUUGGUGGCGAGCGCAAGGGCGACAAAGGAUCCUUCGUGCAGCCUACGAUCUUCUUGAAUCCAGCCAGGGAUGCAAGAAUUUACAAAGAGGAGAUCUUCGGGCCAGUGCUGAGUGUGCUGACGUUUGAGACUGAGGAGGAGGCUGUGAAGCUGGCAAAUGAUACUAGCUAUGGACUCUCUGCAACCGUCUAUACUGGAAACACGGCACGCGCCAUUCGAGUAGCGUCCAAGAUCAAGGCUGGCACUGUGGGCGUCAACGCGCCAUUUUUGCCGUCUAUGGGUUCGCCUUUUGGUGGAUACAAGCAGAGCGGUUCUGGGAGAGAAUUAGGGAAAGAAGGUCUCAUGGCAUACUUGCAGGCCAAGUCUAUUAGCAUCAGCUUGGCUGGUUAG